UUCCGAUGUUAAAGAAUGGCAAGAGAAGUCGACAUAUGCUGAAAAACCUCUUGCCUCUAUAGUCAUCCUUUCUUCUAUGAACCAAACAGUUUGUGGUCCAUUCUCUUGUCAGAUAUGUUGCCGGUGCCUAAAACUGGAUGUUGUUCUUUUUCAGGAGGUGGUGGAGAAAAACCUGAGGCUCAUGAUGAAGAAAAGGGAUGAUGCAGAAUCUGUGGGCAAUGACAGCAACAUGUCAACCUCCUCCAACCUCGAACCAUUUGCUAACGAUGACCUGGGCAACACAGUGAUUCAUUUAGACAAAGCUCUGGCCAGGAUUAGGGAGUAUGAGCGCAUGAAGCUUAAAGCUGAGUCUAACCCCUUCAAUGGCAGCUCUGCGGGUGCAGGUGAACUCUUACUUGCUGAACAUCCUUCUGCUUCCCUUGCUGCCCCAGUGGAAGGAGGAGCAGCUGGUGAUGUGCACUGCCCUCAGAUCGACACCCAGCAGCUGGACCGUCAGAUCAAAGCCAUCAUGACAGAAGUCAUUCCUUUCCUUAAGGAGAACAUGGAUGAGGUGUGUUCCCUCCAGCUGUUGACAUCUGUGCGGCGCAUGGUCCUCACUCUCACCCAACAGAACGAUGAAAGCAAAGAGUUUGUCCGCUUCUUCCACAGACAGCUGGGAGGCAUACUGCAGGACUCGCUCAGUAAAUUUGUUGGGCGUACUCUAAACGAAUGUGGCGAAGAUCUUCUGGUGGAGAUCUCCGAGAUCCUCUUCAAUGAACUCGCCUUCUUUAGGCUCAUGCAGGAUUUGGACAGCAGCAGCAGCAUCGCCUUGGCAACCAAACACAAGAAUAAGAAGAGGGCUGAGCCACCAAUGAGAGCGAAGAACAGUCUCAAAGAAAAUACAGUAGCAGGUGCUGACACAUCAAUGUCUCCGGCCUACACUGAUGAAGACAAGGACCAAGAUGAGGCCGAGCAGGAAGGAGCGGCCAGCCUCCAGGAGCUGUACCUGCAGAGGGAGAGGAAGAACACCAGGAGCAGUGAAGCGUCAGAGGGGGAGGACGAAGAGGAGGACGAGCAGGACGGUCAGGGAAUCCGUCUGUCAAUCAGUCUGUCCAAAGCAGAGACUCAGGCUCUGACUAACUACGGCAGCGGGGAGGAUGAGAACGAGGAGGAGGAAAUGGAGGAGUUUGAAGCCGGACCUGUGGAUGUCCAGACAUCGUUGCAGGCUUCUGCUGAUGGACAGGUGGAGCAGGAGGAGACGAUGCUCAGCCAAACCCACGAGAGCAGAGCUGAGCACAGGAGUUCAGAGAUCCAUGACGAUUUUCAUUGUUUUGCAGAAAUGAACGACUCAGCAGCUGUGACUGCAGAGCACCGUGACAUGAAGGAGGGUCAGAGCGCUGAGGAGGAGAGAGGAGGAGGAGGAGGAGGAGCAGCUGCUGCCUCUGAAGAACCAUCUGAUGAAGUCUCCCAUCACCAGGACCCCAAGGAGACCCACACCACGAGCAGCCCGGACUCAGACUCUCCCGUCAUGAUCAACGUAGAUGAGAUGGGCUCCGGUAACACGAGUCAGAAAUCUGACGAGGAAGACUUUGUGAAGGUGGACGACUUACCACUGCAGCGGUCUGUCAUGUGUGAGGUGUGUAACAGCUGACGCAUCCAACGAAACACUCACUGAACGUUUUCUUUAAAGAGCAACUUCCAGGUUAAAGAA